UUCAGCUUUAUUUUAUUAUAUAAUAUAAGUCUUAAAUCUAUCAUGCAAGUAUACUGGUGGUAUAAUACAAAAAUUCUAGUAUCUAAAAUUUCUGCUAUGUGGUUCUUAAUGAACACCAACAGAAUAUUGAUGUUACUGAAUACUUUCAAUGUUACUAAAUCCAGACAUUACUUCCGGCUUUGUGGUGGGAAACAUCCCAAACCCGAGGUGUCUUGAGCUCACCGUUAAAGUACAAUGGUAUUAAUAUGGUAUUAUGGCACAAUCACAGAUCUUUUGUAUAUACAGUAGUCUACUGAAGUGUUACCACGUAUCAUUCAUACUUUAUCCCUAAAUAUGACAAAACUGUGCAUUACAAUUCCGCGCACGUCGUUCAAUGACGAAUCGCGUCGUUUAUAGUCAAAUGACGUCGAUGAGCGUCAAAUGUCACUCAUUUCAAUUCCUCACUUAACUCGCGUGAACUCGGGACCGUCUAAUCCGUCACCACAACACCAGGCGAAUUGUGUGCGCGUGCUGUGAGCGUCUCUACCGGUCACACGUUCACGCUCGCACCGGUCCACUACCGGAGACACAGGGCAGGUAAAUGGAUCCAAUGCAGCCCGUUCACAGCUGCCCAAUGCCAGAGAAACCCAAUGGAGUACUGGGUCAAACCCUACUGGGAAACCCUUGCAAACUCACUUCUUCACACUGUCAGACGGACAUGACUGGAAACCCUCUGGACGCUGGACAGGCUCAGGCAUCGCAACCAAUUCCAAAUAAUAAGGAGAGAGUAAAACCGCCCUUAAGCUCACAGGCAUCUGCUAGUUCCAUCAGCAUCAGUCGUCCCAGGCCAACGGCACUACCAAACAAAUCAGCCAUCAAAGUCUCCAGGUCGCCUGAGCCUUUGUUGCAGGUUAAAUCUACAGGAAUCUUAACGGAGUCACCGUUGCCCCUAAACCCACAGCUUACCCCCCCCUCCCAACUUCACCUCAACCCUCCAUCCAUCCCACAGACACUCCCGAGCCCUCCGGCACAGCCCGUCCGUGUCAACACGCACAAUCAUUUCAUCACCAGACCAAACCCAAAUCUUUCACCUACCCCCAGUCCUCAACCGACCCAAAGCCCAGAAACACAGAUACCCAACAACAGCGAUGAGGAAGGUGAUUUCAGGGUUCACAUCGUCACAUGGAAUGUAGGGUCUGCUAUGCCACCUGAUGACAUCACUUCCUUAUUCAGCCCUGGAAUUGAAAACAGGAGCACGGAUAUGUUCGUUGUUGGACUACAGGAAGUGAACUCCAUGAUAAACAAACGACUCAAAGACGCUCUCUUCACAGACCAGUGGAGUGAACUCUGCAUGGACACGCUCAGUCGAUUCGGAUAUGUGCUCGUGGCGUCUCAGAGGAUGCAGGGUGUUUUCCUGCUAGUGUUUUCCAAAUUCUGCCACCUUCCUUUUCUCAGGGGGAUACAAACCCAGAGCACACGCACCGGCCUCGGAGGCUACUGGGGGAAUAAAGGGGGCGUGAGUGCACGUAUGAUGGUUUUCGGACACCCCGUGUGCUUCCUCAACUGCCACCUGCCGGCUCACAUGCGGAACCUGGAGCAGCGGAUGGAGGACUUUGAGAGCAUCCUUCAGCAGCAGCAGUUUGAGGGCGGAGCUGCCGUGGGCGUUCUGGACCACGACGUGGUGUUCUGGUUUGGUGAUCUGAACUUCAGAAUCGAAGGCUAUGAUAUUUACGUUGUGAAAAGUGCGAUUGAGAAUGACAAACUGCCUCUGCUGUGCGAGAAAGAUCAGCUCAACAUGGCAAAAAAAAGCGCGUCUGUCCUGGAGGGAUUCAUGGAAGGGCCCCUGAAUUUCCCACCGACGUACAAGUUUGACGUGGGAACGCACACUUAUGACACGAGCACAAAGAAGAGGAAGCCCGCAUGGACCGAUCGCAUCCUGUGGCGUCUGCGCAGGACGGGUUCCCCGGUGCCGUCCCACAAUUCAGCUCUGCAGCGGGGUCUCACCUCGUGGCUGGGCGGAGCCACCAGAGUGUCCCAGCAGUUCUACCGCAGUCACAUGGGUUUUACUAUUAGUGACCACAAGCCUGUGUCCGCCCUCUUCUCGUUGCAUUUUCCCUUUAAGGUAAACCUGCCAUCAGUAACGCUGGAAGUGGAGAAGGAAUGGACCAAAUUCUCUGAUACAACAGUCAAAAUCACUGUAGCUUCAGGGUUUCAGAGGAGCUCGUGGGACUGGGUGGGACUGUACAAGGUGGGAUUUAAGCAUCACAAGGAUUAUGCUGCGUAUAUAUGGGCCAAAUCUGAGCAUACCACUCAGGUGACAUUCUCUGAAGAGGAUUUGCCCAGAGAACCGGGCGAAUACAUUUUGGGAUACUACAGUACCAACAUGAACGGCUUCGCAGGAGUGACCGAGCCAUUUCAGGUGCAGCUGCCCAUGUCCACGCCACCUGAGCUGGUGUGUCGCUCUCGCUCGGACAGUUCUGACGUCAGCUCUGAGGACGACAGCACAUUGGUCCUGUUGGCCCCCAUCUCUCGCAGCCCCAGUCCUGGAAAUCAUGGCUGUAAACGGCACCACCAGAAGCGCAACCGCAGCCCCGCGGUACCUGCACUCUCCACCUCGCCUCUACCCUCCCUGCAGUCCCUCAGCCUUUGCCCGCGUCCCCGCGAUGGCCACAUGCAGAGCUCCUCCACCCGUCCCUCAGCCAAUGCCAAAAAAGAGCGCUUGGUUUCUCCAGACACACUGACCUCACCGUCGUUAAGCCCCCAUAGUCCACGAAGCCCCCAUAGUCCGCGAAGCCCCGUGUCCCCUGGAAGUGGAGUCAGCGCCCCGGAAGCCCUGAUAGCAGCCAUAUUAGGAGAACAUAGACCUGCGCAUAUAAGCAAAACGGGGGAUGCAUCUCUAUGACCGAGCCAGCAUCCCCUUUAUUUAUUUAUAGACUUUAGUAUUUAGCUAGACUUUAGCUAGCUUAUUGUAACGCCACUGUCUUAAGGAAAUCGAAUGAUGUUAAUUUCUAUGUGAAAAGAUCUUAUUAGGAAACCUGUUUAGUCUUUAUAUCAUAUACAUAUCGGAGGCUCAGCAAUAGUUUGUAAUGCCUUGUCAUGCCUCAUUGCAUCACAGACGUUUCCUUGUUUGUCUGCAUUGGUAAUGGAGAUUUAAGUGCUAUAUUUUGUUUUGCUUUCUGUUUUUCCGGUUGUUAUUUGUAUCAGUACAACUGCACAUAUUCCUUUGAUCUAAACAGCCUUAUAGAGCAGUAAAACCUGACCUGAGGUAAAACUCUGCUCUUACCGUAGUUUCAAAGCAAACAGUGAUGUCAGCAUUCAUCUCUACCUUUACUGUCAACUACCACAAGGCCGAUAUAUCAAUAGGUGACGCAAUCUGUGAAAACCAAGCUAAUGCCUUUUUUUGGGAUUUACUGUUUGUUCAUCCUAAAGGUAAAGAAUAUUAAAAUAUAUAAACUUAUAAUCAAAAAUAUAUACUUGAUAUCUUUAAUAUUGAUUGGGUAUCAAAGAUUUAUAUCAUAGUGAAGUUAAUAGUUGAACUCAAACUAUGAUGCUCAUUAUCUCAUAAACGGAUUUUCAGACUUUAGCAUGGUUUUCAUAGACUGGGUUACAUAUCAUAUCUACAGGUCAUCGAUAAAACGUCAGUACAAAGUAGGAACGAAAAAGUCAGACCACAGGGAAUAUGUGUCAUUCAAGAUUUAGCCUAGAAAUAGGAAAAUAAAAGAUGUAACUUUCCACUUCAAUUAUUUAUAGACUUGGCUUGUUUAUAUCAGCUCUAAGUGGCUUAUUGAAUUCAGACAAUGGGGACAACAGCAAUAUACAAAUAACUGUUAAAUUCUUAUUAAUGGUUAUCGGAAAAGGUUAUCGGAAAAAAACUUGCACCAAAUAAUAUCAUUCGGUAAACUAGUGGUUCUCAAAUUGGGGACCCAAAGAUGGAUCCAGGCUGGCCACAGAUUUUGUGGCAUUAUAUGAAAUAUAGAAAUAAAAAAAUCAUAAAUUGUUUGCAAUUAAACAGAAAAGUAAGAACCCCAACCAAAAGCAUUGAUGUUACAGCGUUGUAUAACUGAAUUUGUUGUUGGUUUUGUUAAAAUUUCCACGUUUAAGAUUAUACGUUUCUAUUAUUUUAUUUGGAGGGGCCGCAAGGUGAUGCACUCUACACAAAGGGGGCCUUACAACGAAAACAUAUGAGGACCACUGCAUUAACUCAACCGUAUACUGUUUUCAGUUGUCAAGCUCCAAAAAGUCCACAGUGAAAUUUUGUGAUUCAAAAUUUGAUAAAUUGUCAUGUUAAAUAUUCAAACAGGUCCGUUUGUUUUCAUAAACUCAGAAUGUAAUCUUUUGUAAAUUCUUAAAUCAUGCUGAAUCAUUAUGGAUUAUCAGGUUUAGCCCUUAUUCAGUCGUGCCAGCUGCUAUUAUUAACUUAAAAAUUGACACACCCAAUGGUUGAAAUGGCUGAGAUUCUCCAGGGGGACUGUAUAGCUGGAGGCAUAUUUUACAUUUUAAACCCUAAGUGCAACAAUGUCACUAUUUGUAUCUUUUGAGGUUUAAACAGGUAAAUGAUCUAUAUUUUUAACUCUGUCCCCCUUAAAAUUCACUCCCUGAACUCUCCAUUUUCAGCCCUGGAAUUUUCAAAUGAAUAUACAAACAAAUUGAGCAAAGCAAAUCAGAAUUGUCUGUUUUAUAAAAUACUAUUGAUUUAAUUAUUGAUUUAACAGCGAUCAAUUUAAACAAACAUUUAUUUGACAUAACAUGUAUUCAUUAUUCACAACAAAUAUUUGAAACACAAAACCUACACUAUGCAUUGACAAAGCUGUAGACAGUUUUUUUGACAACAGCAUUUCAAAACAGCAGAUGGAAUGACAAUUUUGAGCCAAUCAGACACGUUCACAAGGUGAUGUUGAUAAAAUCAGCCUAUUGCUACUGUUGUUGCGAUGUCAUUGUCACCAUUUUAUGAACACACAUAGGCGUGUGCACGUCCAGUAAGACCACCGCACCAUUCAAUUUUUUAGGUUACUCAUUAAUACUCAUGCUUUGCUGCAGUAUCUUUCAGGAGCAAACCUUUGACAGAAGCUCCUGACCGAUGUCAACCAAUCAGAGGAGCUCUGGUCAUUUAUGGCGUUUCGUGUCGUUUGUUUCGUGUGAGCUGAGUGAAGCUUGUAUGAGGUGUGUGUGGACAGCGCAAAAUAAACUUGAAUUUAAACAUA